CCGAUGGUCUCGGUCCUCGGCAGCAUUUCCGGCCUCGGGAAGCCCAGGCCCGGAGGGGAAAACUUCAUUUGCCGGCUGCCGGGCGCCCGGAACUCAAGCACUCGGCCUUAACCGCCCUGGCGGUGGGAAGAAUUAGAGAGACGGACGAGCAGGGGCGGGUGGCCGGAAGGCUUCGAGACGGCGCCGGAAGCAGGGCUCGGGCCGGGGCCGCCUGGUCCUUUUCCCAGCAGGUUGUGGGAAUCGGGCGGGGACGGACGCCCCGGAGACGCGCGUCCAGGCCUCUUGACUGAGUUGCGCAGUGAGUCGUGGGCAAGCGGCUCUCAGCGUCGAGCCUGGGGAGCUGGGUCGUCCUGGCAGCGCCCGUGGGAGACGACGGCCUCAGAUAAGAGGCCUUGGAAACAGACCUGGAGGCUCAACCUAUAUCCUCUAAGAAACCUGAGGAGGAAUCAGCUGCCCCUGCAUCCCUCACAGCCCUGGGACACGACCCAGCAUGUCUCAGGCCACCAAGAGAAAGCAUGUGGUGAAAGAGGUGCUGGGGGAGCACAUGGUGCCCUCUGACCAGCAGCAGAUUGUGAGGGUACUCAGGACCCCAGGGAACAAUCUGCAUGAGGUGGAGACAGCCCAGGGGCAGCGCUUCCUGGUGAGCAUGCCCUCCAAGUACCGAAAGAACAUCUGGAUCAAGAGAGGGGACUUUCUCAUCGUUGACCCUAUUGAAGAAGGAGAGAAGGUGAAGGCUGAGAUCUCCUUUGUGCUCUGCAAGGACCAUGUGCGCUCUCUGCAGAAGGAUGGGCUCUGGCCUGAGGCCUUCUCCGAGGUGGCUGAGAAACACAACAGCAACAGGAACAGACAGACUCAGCCGGAACUCCCAGCCGAGCCCCAGUCCUCAGGAGAAGAGUCCAGCUCUGAAGACGAUUCUGACCUGUUUGUUAACACCAACCGCAGACAGUAUCAGGAGAGUGAGGAGGAGAGCGAAGAGGAGGAGGCAGCCUGAGACCCUGGACCCCACUUCUGUUGCUCAGAGACUAGUCCUUGGCACCUCUGAGCUUGGACAUUCCCAGGGUGCUCUGCCGUUCUUCCCCCCCGGAUGGGGACAAGGCAGGGCGCCUGCUGAACUGACCUGACCUAGGAGAAUUAAACCCCUGGUGGGUGGUGA